UUGAAUCUGUCUGUGUCACUAUCUGUGUGGUGUUAUUUGAGUACAUUUUAUUUAUGUUGUGUGCGCUUAUUUUGGUUUCCCUCUAGUUCUGAUGAAAAGGGUGAAGGGGAUUUGAGAAGAGCCACUAAUGGCUGAAGUUGGGUUUCUGCCUCCUGAGCUGACAUGAAAGAGUUCCACCCCGUGUAUUUAAAAAUUCUAACGGGUUGAGGAUUAAAUAUUAAACACUGCAGACUUGAGAAUCUAUUCCUCCGCUGAGGAAUGAAAAUCUUGGGAGUGUUCCUGACCUGCGGUCCACAGAGAGUGAGCUCGAACCAGAGCAGUGCCCAUGAGUACCCAGACUGCCGUGAUGGGGGCAGCGAGGCCAGCCUGCUGGUGUCWCCGCUGGUGGUGGCUGGCAUCGUCAURGGCCUGGUGCUCUUCCUGUCCUGCGUUACCAUCAUCGUGGGCAGCCUGCGCAAAGACAGCCGUCUGCGCAACCCCCACCUGCGGGCCAGCUAUGCUCCGGAUGGCUUUUCGUACGGCGGCUCCAUCGGGGAGCUGAGGUCAACGUGUAUCGAGGAGUUCCCUCCAGCGUUUGACUUUGACUCCUACGUGGAGACUCUAUCACAAGUCAAUGUGAUGUAUCCAGACUCCCCGCCUCACUAUGAUGAAUGUGUGGGACCAGGUGCGACACAGAUAUACGUCCCCACAGAUGACCCCCCUCCGUACUCCCUCACGGACCCCUGUCAGCGGGGCCACCAGCAGGCCACCUACACCAGCCUGGAGAUGGAGGAGCCGUCCGCUGGAGCUGGAGCCUCUUGGGUGUCCGCCAGCAGCGCCGCCGCCUCCCACUACCCAAUCGGACUGCAUGAGCUCCGGCAGCAGCCAAUAUCCUCCAUCUCCCAGUCAGCGUUCCCCCUGGAGGAGGCGCCCCCAUACGAGGUGGUGGUGAGCAGGCAGAACCAGCCCAUCCCUCUGAUGCCCAUGGACCUGCUCAAACACCUCUCGGAGGACAGCCAUAGUCCCCAGAGAGCCCGGGCUGUCGCACACAGAAUCCUGUAGAGCUGACUGGGCUAGUCCACUCCUAUGCUCUUUGUGCGGACAGCCUGAAUCUCUCUUCCGCUUCUUCCAGUGUCCCUUUGUGCAUGACAGGCAGUAUCAAAAGAGAAUUACUUUCUGGACCGAAGCUGAACGUUUGGGUUGAACCUAAACUCAGUCGGCGCCUUCCUCUCCUUCCCCUACCUCUUGGAUAAGCUGUGUCCCCCAACUCUAAGAUGUUACCCGCACCACUCCUCACUCUAUCUCCCUUUACUACUGGGGCACUGCCAUGAAAUCACAGGGCUACUACUGGUAAACUGGGGCUGGGAGUAUGGUCUUUCUGUCCAGAGGGAAUUCACUUCAUACUGUAAAUUGGUCUCAGGUUAGGAGGCAUUCAAGCAUUUAGGAAGCAUUAUCAAAGUCUGUUUUUAGUACACAAAAAACACUAGAGGUAACCUGAAGUGGUUUCACAUAGAUAUUCUGUAUGUACUGUUGGAUUUUGUUGUGUUGUAAUGGAAUUGCUCUUGAUAAAAAACACCAUAGAAAGAAUGACUAAUUUCACAUUCCAUCACAUAUCCAUAUGGUUUUAUUAAUAUUUUCUACAUGAAAAUAAUAUUUGAUUUAUAUUUAGCUGACUUUAGGACUCCCACAGUCUGUAAAAUGUCCAGUAAUUUCAACUGAUAAAUAUACCCCAGUGUUAUACACUCUUAGAAAAAAAGGUGCUAUCUAGAACCUAAAAGGGUUCUUUGGCUGUCCCCAUAGGAGAACCAUUUGAAGAACCCUUUUUGGUUCCCAGUAGAACACUUUUGGCUCCAUGUCGAACCCUUUCCACAGAGGGUUCUACCUGGAACCCAAAAGGGUUCUACCUAGAACCAAGAAGGAUUUGCCUAUGG